GAGAUCCAUUUAGCUAGGAGCCAGACCAUAAGUCUCUGAAACGUGUCAUACUUCUGUAUCUCAGCAUCUCCUUGGUGAUGUUUGUGUACUCUAGGCUGUAAAAAUGGAUACAGUAGUGAUUUCCAGAAUGCUUGCAUUAAGCUAAUUUAUGUCUUGUGGCUUCAUAGCCGUGUGAUAUAUGCCAUCACACAGCAACUCUAUUUAAUUCUGCAGGGUGGCAAAGUGUGUUGGAUAUUGGCUUUGCUGCAGGGGGUUUACUCCAGAACCUAAGGAUCAUUUUAUUUUCAUGUCAAAGAAAUAUUUUAAUCGUUUCAAAGUUUUUCUGAAACACUUCUAAAUCUAUAAAUCCCAUUAAAUCCAAUUUAAUUCUUUGUUUCCCCUACAAGAAGUAGUGAUAUAAAGUAAAUACUGUACUUUGUACUAAUUAUUUGUCAGAAAUUGAAAUAAACAUAAUAUUUAAAUAAAGCAGUACAUCAGUAGUUUUUAGAACUCCAUGGGCUUCUUGAGUGUAGAUUUAGUACUAAGAUGGAUAGUGAACUAUUUUUUUAAUGUGAAAAGAAAAUAAAACCAAAAGGGAAUGAUACUGUGUCUAACUGAAUUCAAAUCUUACAUAAAAUAGCUGUAAAAAUUAAAUUUUCUAAUGAUUUAGAAGUUAAAUAUUUUUCUGUUUCUUGUCAAGAAAUUGCCUUGAAUCUCCACAGGGUGAAAAAUCAUGGUCUGGACAUUAGAUGCAGUUUGAGUACCAGAAACACCAAAUUCUUCAUAACUAAAGCAUGUUGGUCCCUAACAGUAUAAUUUAUUGAGUAUCUAUAAUGUUUUAUCUUUAGCAUGCUAUCUGGGACAUUACUGGCAAACUUUACAGAGAGAAUAUAGCCUUUUUUUUCUUAAUCCUCAAGGCAAAUAAAAGUGCUAACUUUUUAGUUACCUUGAAAAUUUGGAAGUUAAACCACUGAUGAAGACUAGUCAGAUUAGUAUAAUUUUAUAAAUGUCAGUGAUUUCAGUGAUGAGACUCAAAUGCAGCUAGCAUGGGAAGAAUCUGAGUGGAGAGAAUAGAAAUCACUCACUGGAUGACGAAAGUCAGUCUCAGCCUUGCAUGUGCUUUGUAAUGUGAGGGGGUGUAAGGGAUAUGCUAAGUAAAGGUAUGGAAAUUGAGGAUGCUUACUUACUUACUUACUUCACAGUGAUGGUUACUUAGACUGUACUCACAAUAACAGCUUUUAGAUAUGGUAGUUCAAAGUUUCUCUUGCUACAGUUACAAAAAAAGAAAAAUCCCAGUUAUCAAAAUGAAGGGAAUGUUCAAGGCACUUGUGAAUUAUUUUCUCCAAAUCAGUCUUUCUUAUUUGUUCUCUAACCCUAUUUCUCUCUUUCCUAUUUAGAAAACAGUUGCUGUUAAGGACUGUAAAAUGCUUUCCUCCUAUCAGUCAUUAUGUUUAGGAUCAACAGCUCCAGCCUGAUUCCAGGAUUCUUCAUCUUGAAUGGAGUUCCUGGGUUGGAAGACACACAUGUCUGGAUCUCUCUGCCCUUCUGCCUCAUGUAUAUCGUUGCUGUCGUGGGGAACUGUGGGCUCAUUUACCUCAUUGGCCAUGAGGAGGCCCUGCACCGGCCUAUGUACUACUUCCUGGCCCUGCUCUCAUUUACUGAUGUCACGUUGUGCACCACCACUGUACCCAAUAUGCUGUGCAUAUUCUGGUUCAACCUCAAGGAGAUUAAUGUUAAUGCCUGCCUGGCCCAGAUGUUUUUUGUCCAUAUGUUGACUGGGAUGGAGUCUGGGGUGCUUAUGUUAAUGGCUUUGGAUCGCUAUGUGGCAAUCUGCUACCCACUACGCUAUGCCACCAUACUGACAAACACUGUCAUUGCUAAAGCUGGCCUUGCCACUUUCUUGAGGAGUGUGAUGCUCAUCAUCCCAUUCAUUUUCCUCACCAAGCGCCUGCCCUAUUGCCAGGGAAACUUCAUUCCACACACUUACUGUGACCACAUGUCUGUAGCCAAGGUAUCCUGUGGCAAUGUCAGAAUCAAUGCUGUUUAUGGUCUGAUGGUUGCUCUCCUGAUUGGCGUGUUUGACAUUUGUUGUAUCUCUGUGUCUUACACUAUGAUCUUGAGGGCUGUGAUAAGUUUGUCAUCAGCAGAGGCUCGUCACAAAGCCUUCAGCACCUGCACGUCUCAUAUCUGUGCCAUUGUAAUCACAUAUGUCCCUGCUUUUUUCACAUUUUUCACUCAUCGUUUUGGAGGGCACAAUAUCCCCCACCACAUCCACAUCAUUGUGGCCAACCUUUAUCUUCUACUGCCUCCCGCCAUGAACCCAAUUGUUUAUGGAGUCAAGACCAAGCAGAUUCGGGAAGCUGUAAUCAAAUUUUUACUUGGAGACAAGGUUGGCUCUACCUAAGACAAGUUAAUUAUAGAAUAGGGUAUAUUGCUUGGGAUAGAGAAGAUAAGAGAGAAGAAAUUCAGAAAAUAUGUGAUGGGAUUGUAUCAAAAAACAAAUUACUCUAUGUAGAGUUUCUGAAAC